CCUCUCGCUUGGAUUUCAUCGACAGAUACACUGACAACUGACAUCAUGACGUCCAAGUAUGUCAAGUGCCCCAUCUGUGGCCGACCUUUCGCGGCGCUUUCACAUCACCUGAAAAGGUCCCACAAGGUGGUGCACCCAGAAGAGCGUCAGCUUCUUUUGAAGCUGGCAAGUAAGAGGGUUUUUUACCGGUACGAGGCCUGCCCCGUCCCUGGCUGCCGGUACCACUCCUCCAGGUGUGACAAACACCUGGAAACCUGCCACCCUGAGCUCACUAAGGAGCAGAUGGAACGUGUCGUACAGUCGGUUCAGAGAAAGGUCACCGUCCGCUGGCUGGCAGCCCUCAGGGCCACUGCCCCUCACCCUCCCAUGGUGAGCCAGCUGGACCAGGAGGACGACACUGACAUCUGGCCUGAUGAGGAUGCAGAACCGCAGGCCAACUGUCAGGGUUGCAUCACCCUCCAGCGGAAGUACGAGGGUGUCAAGCUGCAGCUGGACAACCUCCGAAAGACCUUCCGCCUGUACCACCGGAGGGUGGCCAAGUUUGAGAGGAGGACUGGGAGUAAAAUAACCAAAAACCUCCCUCUUCCGGAGGAGCAGGUUCACGUCCGUCCGUCCACGUCACGUGGACCGAAGCAGCGGCCGGGAGGACGUUCGGAUGCAGCUGUGAGACGCCCGCCCUCCAAGCAGGCUGGAGAACCGCGGUCCGGACGGACUAAGGAAAGACAGGCCAGAAGAAGGGUGGCCACCCCAUCACCACCUUCCUCGCCAACAUCAUCUUCCUCAGCACCCUCCUCCACUUCACCACCACCCUCCCGCCAAUCGCCACCACCAUCACCACCCUGGCAAUUAUCACCAUCACCACCCUGGCAAUUAUCACCAUCACCCUCCCCACCACCACCACCAUCACCACCCUGGCAAUUAUCACCAUCACCACCCUGGCAAUUAUCACCAUCACCUUCCCCACCACCAUCACCGUCCCGCCACCCAUCCAAACAUAAAACGCCCCCGGUUUCUUUGGAGUCAGAGAAAAGACUGGCCGGCAGCGUGGCCCCCUCCUCUGGCCGGAGGGAAGGACCGGACUCUCCUCCGCCGGCCAAGAGGAUCCAUAAAACACGCCACACCGGUGGCAGCCCGUCACCAGAGGAGUCCCCCGAGGAGUCCCAGCCGCCACGCAAGGGGGGAAAGACACCUCGCCAGAGUCCCGCCUCGCUGCUGUCAGGCUUCUCCUCAGCAAUGGAAGAUUACCUGGACGACUAUCGGACUUUCCUCCGAGGGUUACACCAGUCCAAAAAACAUAUAGACAACGUGGCCUCCAAGGUCAUGAGGAUCAGGAGGUUCCUUAACUUCAUGGCGGUGGGGGCCCUUCGGCUGUGGGACUGGAGCUUCCUGACACGGACGGAGCGCAUCAUGGAGUGGGUUGGUCACCUAAAGAGGUGCGGGAAGAAGGUGACCACCGUCACCUUCUACCUCAGGAACGUUUAUUCCUUCUUCCGCUACUUUAAAGAAACACCGCCACGUAAUUGCCGGCUGAAGGGGUCGCAGAUUACGGCAGUGCUGCGUUCCAUUUUGCAGUGCAUCUCUCCUCUCCUAAGAGACGUGGGCAUGCACCAGAUGAAGGUGAAGGAGGCCAAGCAGAUGCGGGUCAUCUCCGUGGCCGACCUCAACCUCUGCCAGCAGCGCUGCCGUGAAGCUAUUCCUCAGCUGCUGGAACGUCUGGAGAAGGAACCGACGGACCACAAAGUCCGCUACCGGUUCUUCGGGUUCUUGGCGGCAUUCAUCUCCUCAAUCUACGGCCACAGGACGGGCGUCAUCUCCAACAUGACGGUGAAGGAGGUGACGAAUGCCCGCAAGAAGGCCAAAGAGGAUAGCCCCGGCUUUGUCAUCAACAUCGCACACCACAAAACCAACAGGUUUUUUGGAUAUGCGCAGGUCUUCCUGAAGCCUGAUGAGUUCGCCUGGAUGGAGAGGUGGCUGGCCGUAAGACAGAAGCUGAAGCCGGAAGGGGACCUGGUGUUCUUUGGAGCUACGGCACAGCCUAAUAAGAACCUGGUCCACUUUCUGCAGACGGCGUGGGAGGAGAUGGGGCUCUCAGGGAAGCCCACCUUCACGGACCUCAGGACCGCCAUAGCAUCACAUGCUAAGGAAAGGCACAUACCCCAGGUCCGUGAAUUAAUAUCUGCGGCCAUGUGCCACGACGUUCGCACGGCGGACAAAUUUUACACUGUCUUUUUGGACCCGGUGAAGUGCGCCGCCAUGCGGGACAUGUUUGAAGAGGCCACAUCUACCCAGGGCUCUACCCGGGAGGCCCCGGCUCCUUUUGACAUACCGUUCACAUCACAAAGUGUUCCCGGAACUGUGGACACCUCCGGCCUCACUUCUCAGCUCCCUCCACGUAGGAAGGCCCAGCGGCGGGAGAAAACCCCGACAGAAACAGCGUCGGAAGGGCACGUCAGCUACCAGGAGAGUGGUAGCUCUGAGUCUGCGGAGGACGAAGAAGACGACAACCAUCCUGGUCAAAGCACACCUGUCCAAGGUGCACAGCCGGAGCCGAUCGCCCCAGAGCUGACAGUCGAACCUUCUGAGGCUUGACAACCAGAGGAGCCUGAGCCGUCCCUGGGGCCAUCUCUAAGAACCAGACGAAGGCCCAACGGCGUCAGUAUCCAGGGUGGUCCUGAGCCCGCUUAAAAUUACAGCCAAGUAAAAGAAGGACCAGGCAAGGCGGAUGCUCCGUUUUAAGUACAAGGUUUCUUUGUAGCUGUGUUUGACAAUAAUUUACAUUUCAUUUAGUUAGAUUACAGCCUGUUGCACUUUUUUUUUUAUCAUGCUUAUGCCAUUGUCAGAUUUUGUUUGGUUUGUUUUUUAGUACUUGUCUUUGCUAAUAAAGCAGUGUUUGAAAA